AUGAAGCAGCCCCACGACCCUGAACAGACUGAACAGGCUGAGCAGGCUGGACAGGCUGGACAGGCUGAACAGCUCACCAAGCCGCUCGAUGUAGCCACCCAGGCUGCGUGGAUUGGCUUAGGCUCUGCCAUCCCCGGCACUGCACUCGGCGCCUUCUACGGAACACUUCGCACGCAAACCCCAGUCCUCUUCGCGCUCGCCUCCGGUGUGCAGUGCUUUGCCCUCGGCAGCACCUACUGGACCGCUCGCACUUCCCUUCUCAACUCAGACGGCCUGCUGAACUGGUGGAACACAACUCGUGGUGCACCUCUGCGCCAGCGACACGAUCUCAGCCCCACACGCUCGGACAAGAUUCGUGCAUCCACCAUAGCCGGCGCCUUUACUGGCCUGAGUCUUGGCUUGCUCUUCCGUGGACCACGUAAUGCCCUGCCUGGAACCUUCAUGUUCAGUCUCUUCGGCUUUGCGGGCCAGAAGGGCUACAACCUGCUCGACAACAAGCACUCUGCUGAGAUACAAGAGGAGGCUCGGAUGACAGCUAGGGGAGAGAAGAAAAAGAACUGGAUGGAGCGGAUCGCGGAGAGCAAGUGGAGCCCAAUGGAGGCAUUGACCGACGAGCGGUAUGAAGAUUUAUUGCAAGAGAAACUGCUGAGGCUGGAAGCGGAGAUUGCGAUCAUCGAUGAUAAGAUCGAAGGGUUUCAGCAAAAGGCCAAGGAGAUGGCGAUCAAGAGGGCACAGGAGCAGGCGCAACAACCAAAGGCAUAA